AUGCUGACCGACUCCUCUGCUCGAGGCGCUCGCUCAAGAACGAACCCCCGGACGAUCUUUCUCAGUUCCGUGGCCUUCACCUUGCUUCUCGUGCUCCUAUUAUCCGCACAUCUACUCGGCAUCUCCCCAUUAUUUGCCCCAAGCAACGCUUCUGAGCAUGCGCGCGAGCAGACAGUUGUGGACCCGCUCGCAGGCCCCGGAGGCGGCCGCGCUUCACGCCCGUUAUCUAUUCGGGCCGCGGGGCGGCUGCAGGACCAGCUCAACGCAAAGACGAGCAUGCAUCGGCGCCCUACAUGUCUGUGGACACCGUGGCAAGAUGCGCGCUACGCGCCGCUCAGGGAUACGAAUAGGCGCAUUGUGAUCGCGAUGCUUCUGCACAAGAACAGCAAUAUCAUCAGUUCACUCGCGCAGGAGUUACCGGUAGUGCUCGAAUGGCUUGGGGUGCACAGCGUUUUCGUGUCUGUGUAUGAAAGCGGGAGCGACGACAGGUCGAAGGAAUGGUUGGGAGAUCUUGGCAAGAUCCUCGACGCUAUGGGCGUCCAGCACCACAUCGUCGCUUUUGGUGACUCGCGACACGAGAAUACCGAAGGAAACCGGCGCAUCCCGGUCAUUGCGGCCGCACGCAACGCUGCACUCGCUCCUCUACAUGCCGGGCAAGUGCGCUCUGCAUUGGGAGGCGAGCCCGACGAGAUGUUCUUCAUCAACGACAUCUUCUUCUGCGCUUCCGAUCUACUCGAGAUCCUUCUUCAGUAUCGCAAGCAAGGCAUGCACCAAGCGUGUGCGACCGACUGGGAUGAGCUUGUGUACGACCGUUGGGUACUGCGCGCUAUCUCCGGACGACCAUGGUGGCGGCAAGACCAGAUCAUGGAAUACUUUGGGACGCCCAACGACCACCCGAAGGAGUUGCCCGGGACACUACUAGAUGAAGAGGUGGACAGGAGGCGAUGGGAGCUUCAUCUACCGUUGCAAGUCUUCAGCUGCUGGAACGGCGCGACGGUGAUCGAUGCAAAGGUGUUUCUUCCUCCGCAUAGCAUAAGGUUCAGGCAGAGUAGGGCGGAUUGGGAAGACGAGAGCCUGGGAAUACCGCUGAACCUGACCUCCAAGGCGUCGGAGAGCUAUCUGAGUAGUGUCGAUCUAUGGAAAGCCGGCUUCACUCGGAUUGCGAUCAUACCAAAGGCCAGUGUCGCGUAUAGGAUUCAUACUUAUGACAAGUUCCGGAAAGACGGCGAAUCCUUCGCGCCCAUGGGAGACGAUGAAGUAUUCGAAUGGAUUGGGAAUUGGAAGGAGAGUCCUCCAGAAGAAGUCGUCAACCAGGACUAUGCAUAUUGGCACGUCGCUGAGCGUUUGGGGCACUGGAAUGAGCAGUAG